AUGAAUUCGAAAUUCCCGUAAAGUAUGUGCGGGUAGUUACGUAAUCACGCGCUUCCUCUCUUCUUUGAUUACCGGGAAGCAAAAGAAGAAAACGAAAAUAAGAGCUGCGGAGAAACAGAAAGAGUAGUUUCUAAUUCACCGCGACGGAGACGAGGAGAAUAGGGACGGAAAUGGUGAAUUGACGCUGGCACGGGCUUGCUCUAGAGAUUCAUUCUCGUCAACCGCGCCAAGACCAACCGGAGGAGAAGCAGUGCCUUGCUGAGUGUAGAAGACUGUUCUCGCCUUCUCUAGUCAUGGCUGCGGCAGGUGGCGACAAGUUACCCGUGGAGGUGUGCAAAGGCUUCAGCGGCCUCGACAGGGUAGUGCUCCGAGAAGCUCGUGGGAGUUCUGCCGAGGUGUACUUGUAUGGCGGUCAUGUAACUUCAUGGAAAAAUGACCAUGGGGAGGAGUUGCUCUUCGUAAGCAGUAAGGCCGCAUUCAAACCUCCAAAGCCUAUUCGUGGUGGCAUUCCUAUAUGCUUUCCUCAAUUUGCAAGCCAUGGUGGUCUUGAGUCGCAUGGUUUUGCUAGGAACAGGGUCUGGAGCAUCGAGUCUGAUCCACCUCCAUUUCCAACAAAUUCUGCCAGUAAGGCUCAUGUUGAUCUGAUUCUCAAGCCAACUGAAGAAGAUCUGAAGAUUUGGCCUCACAGCUUUGAGUUCCGUUUGAGGGUAGCUUUGGGCCCUGGUGGAGAUCUGUUAUUGACAUCUCGUGUCAGGAAUACCAGCACAGAUGGAAAGCCUUUCUCAUUCACUUUCGCGUAUCAUACUUACUUUGCUGUAUCAGAUAUAAGUGAAGUUCGGGUGGAAGGUCUGGAGACACAUGAUUAUCUUGACAACCUACAGAGCAAGGAGCGUUUUACAGAACAGGGAGAUGCUAUAACUUUUGAAUCUGAAAUUGACAAGAUCUACCUCAGCACCCCUACCAAGAUUGCGAUUCUGGAUCAUGAAAAGAAGAGGACAUUUGUGGUGCGCAAAGAUGGGCUCCCAGAUGCUGUUGUGUGGAAUCCAUGGGACAAAAGGGCAAAGGCGAUUGCGGAUCUUGGGGAUGAGGAGUACAAGCACAUGCUGUGCGUAGAAGCUGCAGCUGUGGAGAAGCCCAUCACACUAAAGCCAGGGGAGGAGUGGAAAGGGAGACUGGAACUAUCUGCAGUUCCUUCCAGUUACUGUAGUGGGCAACUUGAUCCGCAGAAGGUUCUCCAGAGCAGCUGAAGCUUUUCCCCCUUUUCUUUUUGGUCCAAUUUCAGUUUCUUAUAAUGAGGGCUAUAUUAGUUUCUGCUAAAAUUCUGUACAGCUAAAGACUGCUGCCGCUGUACCUCUCCAAAAAUUUCCUGGGGCUAAUGCGUUUUGGUACCCUAGAUCGCUCGCGUUUUGUAUCGAGUAUGACUUUUCAUUGGAACGUGAAACUGUUCUUCGCAUAUAUCAAAGGAAGGGUGUAGUGAAAUGACAGAACGGGAAUGCUAAGUAGAAUAGUUGUGGGGAGAAAAAAAAAAAAAAAAAAACAAGGCAGGAACUAAUAGGCCUAACCAACUACUCUUUCCCACAUAGGAACCCCAUAAACUUAAAUAAAGAGACCCAUUUCUUCAAUACAAUCUCUGGUCUUACGGACGUAAUAUAAUGCAAAAGGAAACAUGUUUGUUUUCUGUCUUCGUUCUUAUUACGGGGUUAUGUCAUUCUU